CAUCCGUUUCAAAAGGGGUUCAUGUGUCAACAGUGAUUGGUGUGUUUGUUUUAUUGGUAAGAGUGUAGCAGCGAUGGAAUCUUCCCAGAUCCGCCAAAACUACCACCGCGAUUGUGAAGCUGCCAUUAACCGCAUGGUGAACAUGCAGCUCUUUGCUUCCUACACGUACAUAUCCAUGGCCCAUUAUUUUUCUCGGGAUGAUGUUGCUCUCCUUGGUUUCUCCCACUUCUUCAAAGAGAGGGGAGAGGAAGAGCAUGAGCAUGUAGAGCAUCUGAUGGCCUUUCAGAACAAGAGGGGUGGCCGCAACUUUCUGCAGGACGUCAAGAAGCCAGAGCGGGAUGAGUGGGGCUCGGGGCUGGAGGCGAUGCAGUGUGCCCUGCAGUUGGAGAAAAAUGUCAACCAGUCCCUGCUGGAGCUGCACAAGAUGGCCACCGAGAAGACUGACCCGCAUCUGUGUGACUUCCUGGAGACUCACUGCCUGAAUGAGAAGGUGAAGACCAUCAAGAGAGUGGGUGAUUACAUCACCAACCUGUCCAAGAUGGAUGCUGCAAACAACAGACUGGCAGAGUUCCUGUUUGACAAGCACACCCUUAAGCACAGUAGCUAAGGCCUCCCUGGGGCAUGUACCCCUCCCCCCGACACCCUGCAAUGCCUCUUGUGCUGUUUUUGUUAAAGUUGACUUGUGGAAGUUUGUCAGGUGUGGUGCUGUUCUGUACUGAAGGUGUCCUUGAGGUGAUCACUAAGGCUUCAGCAGAAUCCAAUAAAAAUGUCUCCUAUGA